UACCGGAAGUAGAGAGGACGUGCCUCUCUGUCUCUCUUAUCAACACUGGAAAUGCAUGACAGCUACAUAACGUGUAAUGUUUGCAUUUAACUGUACGAAUUUGAUUAUAUUAAGACGUAUUUAAUUGUUUUAAAAUCGGGAACAUAUUGCUAAGUUGUUCUUUGGGAGGUAGUUUAUCCGUAGAAACAAACAACACGCGAUAUGAACGGGGCAGCAUUCCCUUCCCCCACGGCAGAGAUGGCUGAGAUGAACCGCAUCCAGUAUGAGCUGGACUACACCGAGGGGAUCAGCCAGAGGAUGCGCAUCCCUGAGAUGCUCAAAGUGGCUCCUCAAUCCCGCGAAGACCCUAACUUUGGAUCUCAGGAGGUCCCCCACAGUGUCGUAAUGCAAGUCCCAGAGAGAAUUGUUAUUGCAGGAGACAGUAGUGACCCCCAGUUCCCCAGACCCAGGGACCUGGACCUAAUCCAGUCAACACCACUAGAAACCCUAUCACUGAAGACUCCACCCAGAGUCCUCACCCUCAGUGAUCGUCCCCUGGACUUCCUGGAAGAGGAGCAGCAGGCUGCUCCAGACAGUGAGGAAGUGGUGCGCCCCCAAGCACGAGUACGGCGGGAACGUUCAGCCAGUGAGAACGCAGCUGCCCGUCAUAACAGUCAGCUGAUGCGCAAUGAUUCUGCUGCGACCCCGUCCCCCCCAGCCACUGUCCACCCAUGCCCCUCUCUCACCGUGACUGAAGAAGAUCACAACCUGUACAGCGCUAGCGGUGUUCUAUCUUUCCUCCAGUCCACUACACGUCGGGCCUACCAGCAGGUCCUGGAGGUCUUGGACGAGAACCCUCGCAGCAAACCAUCCCUGCGAGGGGGGUCGGCCACAAGCUCCAACCCCCUGCAUGACUCCAGGCUUGCAUUAUCAACAUAUGAAACAUCACUGGAUGCUGGGUCUGAUGACAUGACUGUGGUUGAUGCGACAACGCUUCGCCGUCAGCUCAUCAAAUUGAACCGGAGGCUGCAACAUUUGGAGGAGGAGAACAAAGAGCGAACAAAGCGAGAGAUGAUCCUGUACUCGGUGACUGUAGCCUUCUGGCUCGUCAACACCUGGGUGUGGUUGCGGCGUUAAAGCCGGCCUGUAUUUCUGCCAUCGACGUGAAUGAAGAACGUACUAUCCCUUAUUCUGUGUCAAAUGUUAGCUAACCGCUGCACUCAGUCCCCGUGUGAGGAAGACCUUGUGUACAUGUGUGUACAUGUGUACAAGGCCGGUUCGCUCACGGGGCUUAUAUUUUGAUUUGGUUUAUUUAAUACAUGUACAGUUUUAUUUUUGUACUCUUAUUUCAUCCUGUUUCACAUUUCUCAUUUUUUUGUUUUUAUUACAAACCACCUUGCUUAACGCUAAGCAUGACUUGCUGUAAAUAUUUGUCCGUGUCACUCAGAGUUUUGGAUAGAAGUCAUCCAGAGAUAAAGUAAAGAAUAGUUUACCAAAAUGGGAAAAAAAUGCAGCGUGGAGAUGUAACAUGUUGAAUAUUUAUUGGGGAAAGAGUAAUAUGUGACUUGAACUGGGAAUACAAUUUACUAAACCAUACAUACGACGUGUUGUCCUGGAUUUCUUUUUUCGAGGUGAAAACCUAAGAAUUACCUGAAGAAUGACAAGGUCCCGCAUUUGGCUGACAUUGUUUACUGUUUUUAUUUACACAGGUUAUAUUUUUUGAAAUCAUAAUUUCUGCUGAACUAUGUUGUCUUUUUUUUUUUCUUUAGAUGCACUGUGUAGCUAGUAUGCAAUUGAUUUCAAAUAAUUCAAAUUUAGUCAUUUACAUCUGUGUUUUCCGAAUAUGAUAUAAAGCUAUUGUUGCCACUAAAUUAAAAU